AAGAUUUUAUAGAGAAUCUUUGUAUAUAGAUCGGUAACAAGAGGCAAAAGCCGCGUAGAGGCAAACAGUUUUAGAUUCACAAUCGUGAGAGACGUAUCGACGCACGUAGUAAAUCUUUAGCUGCGCUGCUGUGUGCCACUGUAACGAAAUUAUAAAAUACCAGAGAAAUAAUAAGACUAGAGAGAGAGAGAGAAGUAAUAUAUAAAAAUUCGCAGCUAAAUUGAGAAACAGAGAGAGAGCAACUUUUUAAGAGAGAUUUAUUUACGACAACUAAUUAUAAGUAUAUCACGGAAGAAUCAACCAAAAAUAUAUAUACCUCGCCACUGCAGAACUUGAAGACAUUUACCACAAAUAAAAGGAAAAAGAAUCAGGAAAUCAUCAAAUAAAAAACACUAGAAAAAGGCGACGACGGCUGUAAAUACCGUCUGAUGUUUCAUUAAUGUUAACGAAAAUUUUCCCCAUAUAUACAUUUAAAAAAAACACACACAAAAGUAGUUGUAAAAUUUCAAACCCUUCAGUUUUUUGAAGGGGAGAUACUUCAUCGCAGGCACUUGUUGCUUAUUGUUUUUGACAGAAAACCGUGAUACUAAAUAAUUAAAUACUCAGCAUGGGAGUGGCUGAAGAUUUCGCUCCCAGCUUCGUAAAGAAGCCACAAUUGCGCCAAGAAGAUGACGGUAAUCGUUUAAUAUUUGAGUGUCAAUUAUUGUCAUCGCCUAAACCAGAUAUUGAGUGGUAUCGCAGCGAUAAUUUAGUAAUAGAGGAUGAACGUACAAAAUUUAAAAUCCAACCAAUUGGUGAUAACAAAUUUACUGUAGUAUUAGAGCUCGAUGAUGUCAUCGAAACAGAUGCUGGUCUUUACAAAGUAAAGGCUAAAAACAAAUCGGGCGAAGUUUCAGCCUCUAUUAAUUUAAAUUUCACACCUGCCGAUGAACCAAAAGAAAAGCAAAUCGACGGAUUCGCGCCGACAUUCGCGAAAAAGCCUUCAAUUCGACAGGAAGAUGAUGGUAAACGACUAUUGUUCGAAUGUCGGGUAAAUGCAGAUCCCAAACCCACAAUAACAUGGUUCCACAAUGGCACAAUAGUCAAAGAAUCCCCGCGUCAUAAGAUAAGCAUCGAUAAGGAUGGUAACUCAUAUUUUGCAACACUUGAAGUUAAGAAUGUAACGGUUGAAGAUGCCGGUAAAUACAAUAAAUAUUUAAUAAACAUUUUUGUUAAGAAAAUUGAAAAAAAUAAUACUUUUAUUUGGGUCCAUUUAAUAUGUACUUAUUUUUUUCUAGUUGUUCCUGUUAUCAAAGAUAAGCCGAAGAUCAUUAAAAUUAUCAAAAAACGCACUGUGGUUAUUGAGUGUACAGUGGCCUCGAAAUUCGAACCCAAGUGUACCUGGUUUAAAGAGACUAAUGAAGUUAAACAGAGCAGUCGCCAUAUGUAUGUUGUAGAAAAGACUAAAGAGGGUGAAUUUGCAGUUAAAUUGGAAAUCAAUGAAGUCGAGGAGACUGACAAGGGUGCAUAUAAAUUGGUAGCUAGCAAUGAGAAGGGCGAAGCUGUCUCUCAGAUUGUCAAUUUGGUUGACAUACCCGAGGAAGAACGCAAGCCCACAAAACCGGAAAUAACACGCAAACUCACCGAUCAAAAGGUAGUUGAAGGCAAAACUUUCGAAUUGUUAAUUAGUCUUAAGCAAUCGGAUCGCAAAUGCAAAAUCGAAUGGUACAAAGGUACUACUUUGGUUAAGGAGACUAAAGAUAUCACUACAACAUUUGACGGUACAACUGCUCGUUUAACAUUGAGUUCGGCUCGCAUGGAGCACAGCUCCACUUACAAAGUGGUCGUCGCCAACGAGGCCGGUAAAGAUGAAUCCACUUGUAAAAUUGUGGUCGAAAAGAAGCAGGAUAAGAAAAAACAGGAGGAAGAAGCUGCAGAAGUAAAACGCAAGGAGGAAGAAGCAAAGGCCGAAGAAGAAAUGCAGCAAAAGGCUGAGGAAGAAAAGAAACUGAAGAAGACUGAAGAAGAAAAGAAAAAGAAGUCUGAAGAAGAAAAGAAAAAGAAGUCUGAAGAAGAUAAGAAAAUUGCCCAAGAAGAAAAGACGAAAGUCGAGAAGGAUAAGAAAAAGGUCGAAGAAGAGAUGAAGAAUAUUGAAGAAGAAAAUAAGAAGGUCAAUGAAGAAAAGAAAAUGAAGAAGGCCGACGAAGAAAAAAAGAAGACCGAUGAAGAAGAAAAGAAGAAAAAGGCUGUGGAAGAUGAAAAGAAAAUGAUCGAAAAGAAAAAGGUCGAAGAGGAAAAGAAAAAAGCUGACGAAAAGAAUAAGAAAUCCGUUAGUGAACCAGAAGAUAUUGUUGACGGUACUGAACACAUUCCUGAAGAGAAAGAACUAUUUGAGCAAAUCGGACUCAAAAAGACAGAACAACGUGUACAACAGCGCAAGAUUAAAGAGGAAAUACCUAAACUUAAACCCGCCGAAAAAAGACGUGUAUCAAAGGUCAUUGAAGAGCCUAAACCAGCUGAAGAAUUGCCUAAAUUGCGCAAGACUUCGAUAGCUCAACCAAAAGAAGAAUCUAAACCUGAACCAGCUAAGCCUAAAACAAAGGCUAAGCCAAAACCAAAAUCGAAAUAUGAAGAACUGCCUGAAAUACCGGAUUAUGAAAGACCCGUAUUAGAGAAAUUCGAAAAACCGGAAUUUGAAGCAAGUGACUUCACUCGAGCAUCUGAAAUUCCAAAUAAAAUGGAAAAACCGGUCUUCGAUACAGCCAAGCCGGAGCCACAGCAGGCUGUACAAAAGAAUGGCCUACCCAAGAAAGAAGCCGCUGUCGAAAAACCUGCUGAAGAACCUAAAGGCUUUAAAGUUGGGAAAGGUAAACUUCAUGAAGAAAGUAAUGACAAGGAUUCUGCUACUUUGCGUCCUGUAAUUAUUGAACCAGAGAAAAAAGGUGCUGAAGUUGCUGUCGAAAAACCAGCAGAGAAUACAAAUAACGACAAACGUCAGUCAAUAUCGGAACUAAUUAAACAAAGACGUCGUUCAUCUAUACGUGCUCUAAUGACCAAAGAACCCAUACAAAAGGAAAAUUUUUUGGGUGUUGUCCUUAAACCAGUGGUUAGAGAUCAAAAAGAGUGUGAGGCUCCUCAACAAGCCAAACAAUUGUUGAAGGAAUCUGUUAAAAUGGAAUUUAAUCCUACCAAAUCGUCAAAGGCUCAAAUAUCUCACUUAAAGAAGGCAGAAGGUUUGCCUGAAAUUCAGGACAAUUAUCAACGUCCAAUAUUAGAAAAAUAUGAAAAACCCGAAUUUGAAAAAUCCCAAAAAGAAAAACCCGUACCCGAAAUUAAAACUCCCAUGGAGCCAUCAACCCAUAUAAUAGCUAACGAAGAAAACAAAUCGCCCAUUAUAAAUGUUCCUAAGGAACAAGCGGCUCUAGAUGUUAAGGAUGAUAAGCCCAAAAUUCCUAAGGUGCAACCUCCAGCUCCAGGAGAACCACCUAAAAUUGAAGUCAUUCGCGAGAAAAGACCUUCAUUAGCCCCUGAACCACAAAGUAGAAGAGGCUCACUGGUGCCACCCGAUACUGGUCGUCGUCCGUCAUUAAUUAUUAAUGAUGAGAAGAAACUACGACCGGGUGAAGUUAUGGACACAAGGUUAUUAAGACCUGGAGAAGUUGGUGACGGACAGAAAAACAAACCACGUCCCGGGGAAAUGGGUGAUUCUAAACAGAGACGUCGAACGUCAAUCGAUGUACGUCGUCCCAGUGUUCAGGAUCUUGAAGAUCUCAUUAAUAAGCCAUCAACUCCAUUGCGAGAUAUCGGUGAUGGCGGACCACCCACUAUUAUUGAUGUACAGGAAUCAUAUUCAGUUGUUGAAGAUUCGACUGCCUACAUGACAGUAGGAAUAGAAGGUAAUCCAGCACCAACGUUUAAAUUCUACAAAGGUAUUAGUGAAAUUCUCGAAGGUGGUCGUUUCAAAUUUUUGACCGAUGGUCAAACAAAUACCAUUACAUUAUGUAUGCGUAAGUGUAAGCCUAAUGAUGAGGGAAAAUAUAAAGUUGUGGUAUCAAAUAUACAUGGCGAGGAUUCAGCCGAAAUGCAAUUAUUUGUAUCUGAUUCAAGCGGCAUGGAUUUCCGUGCCAUGUUAAAGAAACGUCGUUAUCAAAAAUGGGACAAAGAUCAAGAAGAUCCCAAUUGGGGAGAACUUAAAGAAACCGAAAAACCAAUGCCUGCUCUUAAAAAAGUCGAAAGGGUAAGACAUCUUUUAUUAGGCGUAAAUCAGAACAAACAAAAUGGCUUAUCUGCAUAUUAUAUUAUAUAAUAUAAUUAACUCGCUUUAAUUCUUUAUAAAUAUACAUUAUAUUUAUUUUCUACCAAUUUAUUUUUAAAAAUAAAAAAUGGACAUUGAACCAAUUGAUGAACAAAUAUUAACAUAAUUUUGAGUAAAAAUACAAAUUUCAAAUACCUAAUAAACGAAUUUGUAUUUUUGCUCUUAUCAAUUAAACAUUGAGCCAAUUCCUUUAUGUUUGGUGUUUUCUUUAUAAUAUAUUUUAAUUGAUAAUAAUACAACAAACGAGAUUCAUUUCGUCAAGAUCAAGGAUUUCAGUUUCAAGAAUUAUUCACAAAAUUGGAAUGAAAUUGACUAUGCCACAAUAAAUCUUAUAUUAUUUAGGUACAUUUGUAUCUAUAAUUCUGUUACACCUGUAUUUAUUUUGAUAUUUAUAUAAAAUAUUUGAAUUGUAAUAACAAUCUUACCUACUAACUGUUUAAGCACCAAAGAAGAAAACUAAUUAUUUUAAGAAAAAAAAAAAACAAAA